GCGCUCUUUGAACAGGUGAGCAGUUGAGCAGCUGGAGAGCCAGAAUUGGAGUCAAAGCGAGCGUCAGAGCCAGGCUAAAAGCCGCGUGGCUAUAGCAACCAAACAGUUCUUGUUGAGCUAAGCGAAAAGUUGCGAGUUUUUGGCUCUCAGUGCCUCAGUCAGCGUCACCAAAGAAGGGUCAAGGUGUUGCUGUUUUACAGCUUAAAGUUUACAAUUUGCGAAUAAGAAAAACUAGCAAAAUGUUCAAGUUGUUGUUAGCCAUACUGCUGGCCACACUUCAGGCCAAACUUGGCUGGGCCAUCUCUUGUGGCGGCUGUGUGGACUUGGACGAGAUCAACUUUGACAAGACAAUUGUGCGGUUUCCCUAUGCGUUGGUUAAGUUCGAUAUUGCAUUUCCCUAUGGGGAAAAGCAUGAGGCAUUUGCGGAAUUUUCCAAGGCGGCGCAUAAGGCAACCGCCGAGCUGCUGGUGGCCACCGUUGGCAUCAAGGACUACGGCGAGCUGGAGAACAAGGCGCUGGGUGAACGCUUCCAGGUGGAUGAAAAACAAUUUCCAGGCAUAUUUCUCUUCAAAGGCAACGUUGACCAAUAUAUACAAUUCCCCGCCCAUCUGGAUGUAACGCUGGAUAAUCUAAAGAGUUUUGUAAGCAGCAAUACUCCACUCUAUAUUGGACGUGAGGGUAAUCUCAAGCAAUUCAACGAUGCAAUCAAGAACUACGCCAACAAGGAGGACAAUCAACAGUUGGCUCUGAUUCAGAAGAUGAUUGCCGAGCAGCAGAAACUAACACAGCCCGAGGAGCAGCAGAAUGCCAAGGUUUAUAUCGUGUAUAUGCGGAAAAUCAAUGAACAUGGCUACGUCUUUGUCGAGGAGGAGACCAAGCGUCUGCUCCGUCUCAAGGCCGGCAAAGUUACGGCCGCCAAGAAGUUGGAGCUGCAACUCAAGCUCAACAUUCUGGAAGUAUUCCGCGUCUCGAAGCUAACUAAAGCUGCCCAGGAGAAGGAGGACAAAGCGGAGCUAUGAGUAAACUAUAUAAUUCCUGUAGAAAAAUCAACCAAACUCCAUAAUUUUAAUCCUAAGAUAGAAAAAAAACAAUUGUACAUUAAACUUAACUGUUACCCGAAAUUU